AUGGUCAAUAAUAACUUCCUGGAUAUUGGCAGCAAUAUGGAGCCUACCACAGUUUUUAGUCUGGAAGACGUUAAACGUCUAUCCGGAGCAUCCUGGUGGAUGGAUACAGUGUUCAGAUGUUUGGUAUUGGUAUUUUGGGGACCAUUGGUAGUUAUGAUGAUUAGUUAUAUAUUUAUUGCUGUUCGUCUAUUGCAGUAUUCUAUGACGGAUCCAUGUAAAAAGAUAGACAAUCUAAAAAAGCCAACAGAAGCAAAAUAUGUAGCCGGACAGCCAAUUCAAAACAAUGAAAGUAUGUUUUCAGAUGGAGGUUUGGAAAAAUCAAGAGGAAGCAUAGAUCAAAAAAAUGUUGACUAUGAUGAAUCUGAAUACUCGUUGAAGAGUAACAAGCAAACAUCUAAGCAAGCCUCAUCAUACUGUUUCAAAAAUGUCUGUUGUGUUGAUGCAUCUGAAGAGGAAAGCUUAGAUACAUCAUUGUACCAAUUUUUCUUUUUAGGAGCAACACCUAGACGUUCAACAGUUCCAGUCUGGAGACGACAACUUCGGAGUCGUGUAUUUCGAACAACACUGUUGGUGGUAAUCACCCAUAUAACAUUUUGGUUCCCAUAUAACUUAUACUCAAUUAUGCGGUAUAUCGAUGUUCAGCUUUAUGAGCAGAUGAGUGAUCAUGCUAAUGUUUUUAAAGAUUUGCAAAUUGUUAUUGCGCUUGUCAACCCAUUUUUGUAUGGCUUUUCUACUUAG